UCCCUCCCUCGCUCUCUCUCCCUCCUUUGCCGUUUGCCGAUAGUCGAUUCGCGUUCUCUCCGAUCCUCUCUCCUCCCCUCCCCUCCCGAAUGGCCGACGAUUUCGCGAAGGCGGUGGACGACGGCCUCCGGCUCUCCAAGCGCCUCUACUUCGGGAAGGACCGGGCGGUGACCCCGCCCCGGUCGCCGGCGACGAUGGAGAAGCCGGCCGCGGCGGCGGCGGCGGCCUUGGCGUUCCUCCCGGCGUCGCCGAUGGCCUACGCCGUGAUCCCCGACCCGUCGGUCGUGGACAACCCGGACAUCCCGAGCUACCAGCCGCACGUGCACGGCAGGUGCGAUCCGCCCGCUCUGAUACCCCUCCAGAUGAACGGGAUCGAGGUGGAGGCGGACUGCGAGCUGGACACCGCCUUCGUCCGGGUCAGCGGGUCGUGGAGGUUGCAUUGCGUCAUGGGCAGCAAGUGCUGCGACUGCCGGGUUGCGAUCCCCAUGGGCGAGCAGGGAUCGGUUUUAGGUCUUGAGGUAAAAGUUUCUAAAAGAUCAUAUGUCACACAACUUGUUGCUGUGGAAGACAAGAAAGAUAUAGACAAAGCAGCCAGAGCCGAAGAUGGUGGCUACCUUAAACCCCAUAUAUUUACCUUGAGAAUACCAAAGGUUGAUGGGGGUUCAAACAUAUCAAUCAAGGUUUGUUGGUCCCAGAAAUUAUCAUAUUGUAAUGGUCAGUUCUCCUUGAGCGUGCCAUUUACUUUCCCCGAGUAUGUUACUCCUGCUGGGAAGAAAAUCUCGAAGAAAGAAAAGAUACAGGUGAAUGUGGACUCUGGCACUGGAAGUGAAGUUUUGUGUAAAAUGACCAGCCAUCCAUUGAAGGAAGUGAGACGUCAUGUGGGGAAGUUGGCUUUCCUGUAUGAGUCAGAAGUUCUCACGUGGUCAAAGGCUGACCUGAAUUUCUCAUACACAGUCUCCCCAGCUACUAUGCUUGGGAGUGUGCUCUUGCAGUCUCCAUCUAUGCAUGAUUUUGAUCAAAGAGAAAUGUUCUGUUUAUACCUUCUUCCAGGAAACCAACAGAAUAGGAAGGUGUUCAGAAAGGAUGUAGUAUUUGUUAUUGACAUUAGUGGAAGCGUGAGGGGCAAACUACUCGAGGAUGCUAAAAAUGCCUUAUCGACAGCGCUGCACAAGCUUGACCCCAAGGAUUCAUUUAGUAUCCUAGCUUUUAAUAGUGAGGUUUUCCAAUACUCCACAUCCAUGGUGUUAGCUACCAGUGAAGCAAUUAAAGGGGCCAUUGAAUGGAUCAACAAUAACUUUAUUGCUGGCGGUGGUACCGACAUCUUGCAGCCUUUGAAUAAAGCUCUGGACAUCCUAUCAGACUGUCAAGGUUCGAUUCCUACCAUCUUCCUUGUUACAGAUGGAACUGUUGAAGAUGAGAAACACAUUUGUGAUGCAAUGAAAAGUCGAAUAAAGAAAGGAGGAUCAUUAUGUCCACGCAUCUUUACUUUUGGUAUAGGUACAUUCUGUAAUCACCAUUUCCUACGGAUGCUUGCAAUCAUUGGCAGAGGACAGUACGAUGCUGCGUAUGAUGUAGGUUCAGUUGAGCUUCGGAUGGAGAGCUUGUUUUCCAGAGUGGCAUCAAUUGUCCUUGUGGAUAUAGUAAUUGAUCCGCUAGAUGAUCUUGAAGUUGAGAUGUGUCCUUCCCGACUACCAGACUUAUCACAUGCAUCCCCAUUGACUGUUUUCGGGAGAUAUUAUGGAAACUUUCCUGACCAUCUUCAAGUAAAGGGUAUCUCAGCAGAUUGGAGCACUCAUGUGAUAGACUUAAAGAUUCGUGAGGCAAAGGACAUAUUACUUGACAGGGUAUUUGCAAAGCAACAGAUUGAUCAUUUCACAGCUCAGGCAUGGUUCUCGGAAGACAAACAGCUUGAGGAGAAGGUUGCAAAACUGAGCAUACAGAGUGGUAUUGCUUCAGAAUUCACUCGUAUGAUCUUGACAGAGGCUGAUGAGGCAACAAAAGCUACGGAACCAGCUGGUUCAGAUAAGGCACAGAGGAAGAUGCCCGACCCCAAAGUCCAUAAGCAAAUAAUGCUAAGAAACCUUUGCAUCGGCUUCGGCAACUUGACUGCAACUGUCGAGAACGUCCCUCCGGGAGCCGAACAAGCGAAAUUGCCCGAAGCUGCAGAAAUCCUAGUGAAGGCAGCGUCAAACUGUUGCGGGACGAUGUGCAAACACUGCUGUUGCAUGUGCUGCAUCCAGUGCUGCUCGCGGCUAAACGACCAUUUCGUGGAAGUGACGAUUCAGCUAUGUACCGCUUUAGCUUGUUUUGGCUGCCUCGAGUGCUGCUCGAUAUGCUGUUCGGGAAACGAUUGAUGAAGGAAAAUCUCAAUACCCCAUCUGUACCUCAGAGUGUCGAUUGUGAAAUGUUAUUUGUUUAUUUUUAGGUUUACACCUAGUGUAUGUACCACAUGGAGGAUACAUUUGGUACCGAGGCUAACAGGUGACACUUUUGACUUAUUUUGUGUACCAUUUAGCAAUGUAUAGAGGAAGAGAUCUUCUU